AGAAAUAAAAUAUAAAAGAAUAUUUAAUAUUUUUGAUUUGGUGCCCAAUCCUGCACUAGUACACGUUAAUUAAAAAGAGGGUAGGAAAAUGUGUUGACACAAUGACAAAAGAGGAGGUCUGGUUACACUGUCAAAACAGGAUCACCCAAUCCCUGAGUGAUGCAUGUAUUCAACACAUGUACAGUGUAUAUAAGGUUCAGUAUCAUCAUACCGGAAAACUAUUCCACAGUACUUACUUUAUCAUCAUGAUGAUCCUUUCUCUGACUCUCAUCUGGGCGCUCUCCAGCACAGCUGGAGCACUGGAGCAGUGUUCAAACAAUACAUCAACAUGUUCGUCAGGGUCGAUGUGUGUAACUGCUUCGAUUCAAGUCAAUUCAUCUGGACCUUUAAUACCGCAAAACAUCGGGGCCUGUGUACCAUCCUCCCUGUGUCCAGCUACAGGCAAUCAAACAUUUUCUUUCAAAUGGGGUGUUUCGCGUCAAGUUGGAUCUCUUCAGUGCUGCAACACAAGUAACUGCAACUCAGGAAAUCUAAAUUUCCCUCCUGCUCAGCCAAAUAACCUAACGUGUUUCACUUGUAACUCCACCACCUCUCAAUGCAACUCUGAGUUACGAUGUCAGGGAGUGGAGAACCGCUGCGUGAAUGUGACAAGUGGGUCCAGCAAUGCAAAACUCUUUGGCUGUAUAUCUUCAAACCUGUGUGACCUGGCUACCAACCAGAAUGGCCUAUCUUUCUUGCAAAGUAUUGCCAACAUCACCGGUGGAAUAUCCUGUUGUGGGACCAGUUUGUGUAAUGCUGUUACAACAACAUCAACAACAAAAACACCACCAACAAAAACAACAACAAAAACACCACCAACACCAACAACAACGAAAACAACAACAACAACAACAACAACUGCCAGUGAUGCCUGCUGUAUUCGUCUCAGUAUGAUCCAUCUGCUGCUCGGACUCCUCCUCUUUACCCUUUUUUGAAGCCUGCUCACUUGCAUCUUUAGUUGGCAGUUAGUGGGGCUAGAAAAUCCAGUUCAGGAGAUCAGGGAUGGAGUCUGGAUGAAGCUGAGGUGGAACACGUCUUGACCACGGCAGCAAUAUAUAUAAUAUAAUAUAUAAUAGACACACAUACAUCUAUACAUGAGGGGAAACUGGCUUUAAUUUACUUAAUACAUAACAAAUAAAUAAAUUGAAUUUUUAAUCAAACCUGACUGAAUGCUGUAACAUUAUAUUAUAAUUGUAUUUUUGUUCCAAAUUGUACAAAUAAGAUAUUCCAUUAAAUAAAAAUACUAAUCUUUAAUAUUAAUAUCAAACUCAAUGAGAGGAAAAUGAUAUCGUUAUUGUACACAUCCUAUUAUUGUUUUACCUCUUUUGUAUCUUAUUGUCAAUUUUAUAUUUUUGAUUCCUUGCUCUAUUUAUCUGUCUUAUAUUUUCUAUCUGCUUUGUUUAUUGUUAAGCACCAGUAAUUAUAUGUAUGUGAACCUACUUACCAAUAAAGCUGAUUCUAUUUAAAACAUAA